UCUUUCCAUUGUAAAAUGGCUUGACCGUUUCACCGUGGGCCUUGAAGGCAGCAUGACACAACAACGAAGAUGGCGUGUUGUGGAAACUGUUUUUGUUGCCAAUGUUGCUGCAGAGAACGGGAGACUCGGACACCGGAGGAACUGACAAUCCUUGGGGAAAUCCGAGAUGAAGAGAAUGAGAUUCUACCUAGGAAAGACUAUGAGAGCUUGGAUUAUGACCGCUGCAUUAGUGAGCCCUAUGUGGAGGUUCUGGAGGGGAUGGACAACAAGAAAGCCAAAAAAUAUGAGGCUGUACGGUGGAUAAUGGUGUUUGCUAUUGGGAUGACAGUGGGUCUGGUGGGGCUGUUUGUGGAUUUCUUUGUACGCCUCUUCACCAAUAUCAAAUUUACUCUGGUUGGGGAUUCUGUAGAGAAGUGCACUGACAAGGGCUGUCUUUCGCUGUCUUUGCUGGAACUCUUGGCAUUCAAUUUGAUCUUCAUCUUCAUCGCCAGUGUGCUCGUCCUCAUUGAGCCAGUAGCUGCAGGUUCAGGGAUUCCAGAAAUCAAAAGUUACUUGAAUGGAGUGAAGAUUCCUGGAAUCGUCCGACUUCGAACUUUUGUCUGCAAGGCUGCUGGAGUCCUUUUCAGUGUGGCUGGAGGUCUGUUUGUGGGGAAAGAAGGUCCAAUGAUACACAGUGGAGCCAUCGUAGGAGCUGGCCUUCCUCAGUUUCAGAGCAUCACUUUCAAGAGGAUCAAUUUUGAUUUUCCGUACUUCCGUAGUGACAGGGACAAACGAGAUUUUGUGUCAGCUGGUGCUGCUGCUGGAGUAGCUGCUGCAUUUGGUGCUCCAAUAGGUGGCACCCUCUUCAGUCUGGAGGAGGGCUCCUCUUUCUGGAAUCAGGCUCUUACUUGGAAAGUGCUCUUCUGUUCCAUGUCAGCCACUUUCACCCUCAACUUCUUCCGCUCUGGGAUCAACUUCAACAAGUGGGGCUCCUUCCAGCUACCUGGUCUGCUCAACUUUGGGGAGUUCAAGUGUUCGAAUGGAGAUAAGAAUUGCCACCUGUGGACAGCGGUGGACCUGGCCUUCUUUGUUCUGAUGGGUGUGGUGGGUGGCGUGCUGGGAGCGCUCUUCAACUGCAUUAACAGGAGCCUGGCCAAAUAUCGCAUCAGACACAUCCACCCCAAGGCUAAAUUUAUCAGAGUUCUAGAAAGUCUGCUGGUUACCAUGGUGACAACAGUUGUGAUAUUUGCAGCCUCCAUGCUGCUGGGUGAAUGUCGCGAUCUGUCCUCGCCCACAACACAUAACACCACACUAGCCAGCACUGAUGACAUCAACUCAACCAUCCGGUCAUUCUUCUGCCCCAACAAGACCUACAAUGAUAUGGCAACAUUGUUCUUCAACCCACAGGAGGCUGCCAUCCACCAACUCUUCCACCAGGAUGGUACCUUCAGCCCUGUGACUCUGUCAGUGUUCUUCCUGUUGUAUUUCCUGCUGUCUUGUUGGACGUAUGGUGUGUCUGUCCCAAGCGGACUCUUUGUCCCCUCUCUGCUGUGCGGGGCAGCUUUUGGACGCCUUGUUGCCAACAUCCUCAAAGUGAAACUUGGAAUGGAUCUCUACUCAGGGACUUUUGCUCUCAUUGGAGCUGCUGCCUUCCUUGGAGGUGUGGUCAGAAUGACCAUCAGCCUGACUGUCAUUCUCAUUGAAUCGACCAAUGAAAUCACAUACGGGCUGCCGAUCAUGGUCACUCUAAUGGUUGCCAAAUGGACUGGAGAUAUCUUCAACAAGGGCAUUUAUGACAUCCAUGUUGAGCUGAAAGGAGUGCCACUGCUGGAUUGGGAGACAGAGGUUGAGAUGGACAAGCUAACAGCCAGUGAUAUCAUGGAACCCAAUUUGACCUACGUCUACCCCCACACUCGAGUCCAAUCUCUCGUCAGCAUCCUUCGCACCACAGUCUACCACGCCUUCCCUGUGGUCACUGAAAACCGAAAGAAUGAACAGGAUUUCAUGAAGGGCAACAUCUUGAUCAGUAACAACAUCCGUUUCAAGAAAUCCAGCGUUGUGUCUCGUGCGGGGGAACAGCGGCGCCGCUGCCAGUCCAUGAAGUCAUACCCGUCAAGCGAGCUGAGGAAUGUUUGUGACGAACAGAGCACUGUGGUAGAGCCUUCAGAGGAGGGAGAGGACCUGCUACAGCAGAUGUUAGAGAGAAGACAUGCUCCCUAUCCCAACCUGUACCCCGAUCAGUCUCCCAGUGAGGAGUGGACAAUGGAGGAGCGCUUCAGACCACUUACUUUCCAUGGCUUGAUCCUGCGCUCCCAGUUGGUUAACCUGCUAAUUCGAGGGGUUUGUUAUGCUGAGAACCAAUCGAGUGCCACUCAGCCCAGGUUAUCUUAUGCAGAGACGACUGAGGAUUAUCCCCGUUUUCCAGACAUCCAUGACCUUGACCUUGCCCUACUCAACCCUCGCAUGAUAGUGGAUGUCACCCCCUACAUGAACCCGUGUCCCUACACAGUUUCACCCAACACUCGCAUCUCCCAGGUGUUCAAUCUGUUCAGGACCAUGGGCCUGCGACACCUACCAGUGGUAAAUGCCAUCGGAGAAAUUGUUGGAAUAAUUACAAGACAUAAUUUAACCCACGAGUUCCUUGAGGCCAAACUACGACAGCACUACGUCACUAUUUGAACCACCUUUGGACAUUGGCCAUCCCUCAAGCCCCAGCUUUGUACAACCUGGUCCUGAGCCUUUGUCGUAGUCUGGUCCUGCUAGCAUUCGGGCAUUCUCAAACGCAUUCAUGAUAUCCACAAGCAUUCCAUAAGCCACAGUAGGGAGCAGAGUUCUCUAGUAAGUGAAACAGUUAAGUUUUGCGUUACUCAAGUCUUAGGUUUUCACUGUUGAGGAAUUGCCAGUCCUCCAGCAUAGCCUCAGGUACAAAGGUGUCAAUGGGUACACAGGACAAAUUUACCAAUAUAAACCAAACAAUCCAUACUGAAGGCAGAUCAUUCACAAACAGUUGCUGUGCAUUCAGACUGUGAGUUCUGACACAAAGCAUCUCAGAGCAUUUCAUUGGAGUAAGCUUAAAACAUGAACAAACUCAGCAAAUAUUUUGGUUAAUAUUAUGCAGUAUAACUUGGCAAUUUUUCUGUGUCUGAACAUCCAACAUGUACAGUAGCUACUAUGCUAGAGUUAAUACUCUAAAGAACAUUAGUUAUUUUAUUUUAAUGUGCUGAUGGUUUUUCAUUUAUGUCAACAUCUUCAGAGAUUCUCUAUGUCUGAAAAUGUUGCCCUUUGGACAAAACAACAACAAAAGCCAAGAGACUCUUCUUUAAAAACACAACAAAUCUUCAAUUGUCUGCUUCAGCGAAUUUGAUCAGUAAUUCUAUUAGAGCUGGUGCUAAGCUCACUGACCAGGCUUUAUAGGUGGAAUUCAGAAUGAAAAUAUCGUUAUCCUGCGUAGCUUUCCUCCUAACUACUUCCAUUGAAAGGUUUGAACAAUCUUGGAUAAAGAUAAGGCUGUUUUUUGCAUCUUAGAGUAAGAUAAGGUAAUGCCAAUCUGACUUUUAUCUGACCUGAGUGUAUGAAACUGGCAUCUUCAGUGACUCUCUGAUGGUCUAGCUCACAGUUUGAUGCCCAGGGCACAACAAACUACCAAAGUGAAAUAUCAACAGAAUUCUUGACUACCUUCAUGACAGAAUGUUUCUUUUAACGUUUUGGUUCUUCUUGGUCAUUGUUUUCACUGUAGCACUUUUAUUUGUGUGUUAUAUCUUGUCACUUACUGUAUGAUUUACUGGAAUAUAUGCACUAUAAGCAGCCCUUUUAUGGCGUGGAACAAAAGUAGGCCUCGGACUUGUUCGGAAGAGUUUGCUUCGUGACCAUGUCAGUUCAUUGCACAUAUAGUAACAUUUAUAACCACUUCAGCAGUCUGUAAAUUCAUGAGCCUUGUUUUUGCACUUAUAUAUAUUAAUAUUGACCAAGAUUUUGUUAUGUAACAAGGAGUUUAGAGUACUUGAUUUUUUUUUAAAGAAAAACCUCAAAAAUACUGUUUUAGAUAAAAUAUUGUAUCAUUUUCUGUUAGUUUUUUCCGUAAAAUAAUUUCUUAUUGAUUAGCUGUGCCAGUACAUCAUUUCAUUGUAAUUCCAAAAAAGAACACAAAUGUGAGUAAAAGUGAGUGUAAUUCUCCUUUUAUAGAUGGACAUAAAGUCCAUUGUAAAUCAGGGUGAUAGAUUAUUGGCAACCACAAUUGCAUAUAUACUGUAUAUACACUCAACAAAAAUAUCAACGCAACACUUGUUUUUGCUCCCUUUUUUUAUGAGAUGAACUCAAAGAUCUAAAACUUUUUCC